AUGACAAAGAAUGAUCUUAUAACUAUGCAGAGAUUCUCAAUAAAUAAGGUGUAUCUCAAGCUAAUUGGAGACUAUCCCAAGGUGACCUGGAGGAAAAUUACUCGCAACAACCCUGGAUUUCCCAAAUGGAUCUUUAUACUCUACUUGGCUAUCAAUAGGAGACUAUAUACCAAAGAUAGACUGAUUAGCUGGGGAAUGCCUAUGAGCCCAUUGUGUGCACUGUGUGGGAUAGAAAAUGAAACCAUAGACCAGUUGUUCUUCAAGUGCUCUGUAUCUGCAUCUGUAUGGGAAAAACUAUUGAGGUGGCAAGGGAUUAAUAGGGCAACAUUGACGUGGGAGGAAGAACUAUUAUGCUGUGAAACUGGAUUUACUGGAAAGAACUGCACUACUACAAUGUAUAGAAUCACACUUGCAACAGCCAUUUAUGAGCUGUGGAUAUAA